AUGAACAGACACAUAAAACCUAAAACUCCCCGAAGGCAUCAGAAAAAGCCUUCAAACACACAGAAGGACCCAGUCGGGGUGUACUGCAGAGUGCGACCCCUGGGGGCAGAGGACCAGGAGUGCUGCAUCGAGGCCAUCAGCAGCUCCACCAUCCAGCUCCAUGCUCCAGAGGGCUUCAAAGUCAACAGGAAUGGAGAGUUCAAAGAGACCCAGUAUUCCUUUAAAAAAGUCUUUGGAGUGUCUGUGUCUCAGAAAGAGCUCUUUGAGUAUGUGGCCAAACCUCUGGUGGAGGAUCUGAUCGGGGGAAAGAAUGGUCUGCUCUUCACGUACGGAGUCACUGGCAGCGGAAAAACCUUCACCAUGACCGGGUCCCCGGGUCUAGGCGGCUUACUGCCCCGCUCCCUCGACAUGAUCUUUAAUAGUAUUGGACCGUAUCAGGCUAAAAGAUAUGUUUUUAAAAGUGAUGAUAAAAACGGGAUGGAGGUCCAGACCGAGGUUGAUGCUUUAUUGGAGCGACAAAAACGAGACCAUUCUCUGAACGCAGCAAAACCAACCUCAAGACAGAAGACAGACCCUGAGAUCGCCGACAUGAUCUCGGGGGAGGAGUCCUACAAAGCCGAGGCCGUGGACGAAGACUGCGCCUACUCCGUGUUCGUCUCCUACAUCGAGAUCUACAACAACUACAUCUACGACCUUCUGGAAGACUCCGCCGAGGACCUGAUCAAACCAAAGUGGAAUGCUGGAGGCACCCCUGUGCGCCAGAACACUGAGUUCAUACCUCCACAGUCCAAGCUGCUGAGGGAAGACUUCAACCACAACAUGUACGUGGCUGGAUGUUUGGAGCUGGAGGUGCGGUCAGCGGAGGAGGCCUUCCAGGUGUUCUGGAAAGGUCAGAAGAGGAGGAAAGUGGCCAACACUCGUCUGAACCGAGAGUCCAGUCGCUCUCACAGCGUCUUCAUCAUCAAACUGGCUCAGGCUCCUCUCGACGCAGACGGAGACAACAUCCUGCAGGAUAAAAACCAGGUGACUCUGAGUCAGCUGUGUCUGGUUGAUCUGGCGGGAAGUGAGAGGACCAUGAGGACGGGAGCAGAAGGAACACGCAUCAGAGAAGCAGGAAACAUAAACCAGUCUCUGCUGACCCUCAGGACGUGCAUCGAAGUCCUGCGAGAGAACCAGCUCUGUGGCACCAACAAGAUGGUUCCAUACAGAGACUCCAAAGUCACUCAUCUGUUCAAGAACUACUUUGAUGGAGAAGGAAAGGUCAAGAUGGUCGUCUGCGUCAACCCUAAAGCCGGAGACUACGAAGAAACACUGCUGGUGAUGCGGUUUGCAGAGAUGACGCAGGAGGUGGAGGUGGCGCGGCCCAUCGACAGACCCAUCUAUGGCUUCACUCCAGGACGACGCAACCGGAACGUGGCCUUUAAGGAGGAGCUGUCGCGGAGACUCCUGGAGCGCGGAGGACCCACGGACGCACACACCGACCUGUCGUCGGUCCUGGCCGUGGUCGCCGCUCUCCCGCCUCUUCCCGCCUGCGUCCUCUCUGAUCCUCACGAUGACAUCACUUUACCGAGACUCAUCGACGCUCUGCAGCAGCGACAGCAGCUGCGGCAGGACAUGGUGCUGCAGUUCAGCCACGCAGCUGGAAUCAUGAAGACGCUCCUCCACGACUGGGACAACAGCCGAGCGUCCAAAGACAAAUUUAUCCACGAACAGAACGGAAAACUGUUGGAGAAAGAUCGGAUCAUCGAGAGCAACCGGGCGGAGAUCGAGAGGCUGGAGAAGAAGGCCAAGACCCAGGAGCACAAGAUCGACAUCCUUCAGAAAACCACCAAAGUUUAUGAAGACGACAAACGGUCGCUGCAGCAGGAGCUGGAGACCAGGGAGCAGCGGCUGACACGCGAGCAAGUGGAGAAGAGGCGCAUGGAGCAGCGCAUGCAGGGAGCAGUGUCUGACACGCAGCACAAGUGGGAGAAGGAGUGUGUGCGGAGGGUGAAUGCCAUGCAGCUGGAGAUGCAGAACAAACUCUGGGUCAAAGAUGAGAAACUGAAGCAGCUCAAAGCAAUCGUCACGGAAACAAAGACUCCAGGACGACCGGAGCCUCCACCGAGACAAACACCGGUCAGACCGUCCAGAGAAGACAAGAGAGGACCGGAGAGGACCAAGAGAUCGGCCUCGCCAUCUCUGCCUAGUUCGACUCCCGUGCGGCCGCUGCAUCGCCGCUCGCGCUCGGCCGGAGCAGAGAAGUGGGUGGACCACAAACCCACCUCCAACAUGGACCUGGGCACGAUCAUGCAGCCCGUGAUCCCCAACGCCAUCCAGGUCUCCGCCCCCAACGAGAAGACUCUGGCCAAGUGUGACCGCUACGUCCUCACGCACCAGGAAGUGGCUUCAGACGGAGAGAUACAGACCCAACUCAUCAAGGGCGAGGUCAUCAAAACCAGGAGUGGGGGUCAGGCCGUGCAGUUCACGGACUUUGAAACUCUGCGACAGGAGCUCGCCACGGCGCCCAGUCGCAAGAGAAAGUCUUCUGAAGGAGCUGCUCCCACAAACAAAGAAUCAGACGGAUCCUGGACCGAUGUCGAGAACAGAUGUGCGGUGGGAGUGGAGAUGAGAGUAGGAUCCUCCCUGGGCCCUGGAUACACACACAACGCCAUCACCAAACGCAGAAAGCCGUGA